UCCGCCAGCGCUCAGCUGUCGGUUCCCCUCUGCCCUGUCACUCCUGCUCUCCACGGGACCGGGGUGGCUGCCCCCCCCUUCCCUACGCAGCCGGCACUGGAAGAAGGGCUGGGGGUUCAGCAGCCAACAAGGCCCCGACGUCUGCCACCCUUCGCGGGGUGUUUCAUCGCAGGACCAGAGCUCCCGGCGCAGCCAUGACGGAGAAGGAAGCGCCAGAGCCACCAGCGUCACCUGCUUCAGGUGGGAAACCCAAGAGCCGGCAGCUACAGAAGCUGAAGCAACUUUUCCAGCGAAAGCCCAAGGAGGAGACGGCACCGGAGCCACAGCCCAAUGGGGAACUGGUCAGCCCCUCGGGGGGACCCAUCUACUACAUCUAUGAGGAGGAGGAAGAGGAGGAAGAGGAGGAGGAGCCCGAGCCCCCUCCCGAACCCCAGAAACUUGUCAACGACAAACCCCACAAGUUCAAAGAUCAUUACUUCAAAAAGCCCAAGUUCUGUGAUGUUUGUGCCCGCAUGAUUGUCCUCAACAACAAAUUUGGCCUGAGGUGCAAGAACUGCAAAACCAACAUCCACCACCACUGCCAGUCCUACGUGGAGAUGCAGCGCUGCUUCGGCAAAAUCCCCCCAGGGUUUCGCCGGGCCUACAGCUCCCCCCUCUACAGCGACCAGCAAUACGCCUGCACCAAGGAUCCGCUCUCAGACAACAGGAGCGACCCCGUCUUCGAGACCCUGCGGACGGGGGUCAUCAUGGCCAACAAGGAGCGCAAGAAAGGGCAGGAUGACAAGAAAAACGUGAGUGCGGGGUUGACCUGGCGCUCCAAAUGCCCCCAAGGGUCCUGCCAAGCACCGUCUCAGUUUGUGCCCGUUGCCCCUCGGGACAAGAAGACUGAGAAGAGCCCAACAGAUGACAAGAACAAGAAGCCACAGCCAGGGAUGCGCGGGGGCUUCAUGCAAUCUCACUAUUUUGUGGCACUUUAUCGCUUCAAAGCCCUGGAGAAAGAUGACCUCGAUUUUCCGCCGGGGGAGAAGAUCACGGUGGUCGAUGACUCCAACGAGGAGUGGUGGAGGGGGAAGAUCGGUGAGAAAAUUGGCUACUUCCCCCCAAACUUCAUCAUCCGGGUGCGGGCAGGAGAGCGGGUGCACAAGGUGACGCGCUCCUUCGUGGGCAACCGGGAGAUCGGGCAGAUCACGCUCAAGAAGGAUCAGAUCGUGGUGCAGAAGGGUGAGGAGGUGAACGGUUACGUCAAAGUCUACACCGGCCGCAAAGUGGGGCUUUUCCCCGUGGACUUCCUGCAGGAGAUCUGAGUGGGGGCAACGUCCCAG